UGCGUCCCCGUCCCUAUGGCGACAGUCUCCGUGGCGACCCAGUGGGUGCAGGAACCUUGGGGCCCGGAAGGAAGGCCCUGCCCAGACUGUCACGUGAGGGUGGCCCGCCCAUCAUGUGACUGCACCCCACGGCCGCGAGCGGAGAUGGGCGCCCAGGCCCGGCCAACCCUGCCCAGGGCCCUGACCCUGCUGCUGGUGCUGGCGCUGCACAGCCUGGAGACCGGGGCCCACAGGGUUGUGGAGAGCCACUUUUGGGAGGGCUACUUUGAGCAGCUUCUGGACCAUUUCAACUUCGAGAGGUUUGGCAACAAGACCUUCCUGCAGCGAUUCCUGGUGUCAGAGAAGUUCUGGAAAAGGGGCAAGGGGCCCAUAUUCUUCUACACGGGCAAUGAGGGGAAUGUGUGGUCCUUCGCCAACAACUCGGGGUUCAUCCUGGAGCUGGCGGCGCAGCAAGAGGCCCUGGUCAUCUUCGCAGAGCACCGCUACUACGGCAAGUCACUCCCAUUUGGGGAGCAGUCCACACGGCGCGGGUACACGGAGCUGCUGACAGUGGAACAGGCCCUGGCCGACUUCGCAGGGCUGCUCCACGCGCUGCGGCGGGACCUCGGGGCACAGGACAGCCCUGCCAUUGCCUUUGGUGGCAGCUACGGGGGGAUGCUGAGCGCCUACAUGAGGAUCAAGUACCCCCAUCUCGUGGCCGGGGCACUCGCAGCCAGUGCGCCUGUGGUGGCUGUGGCCGGCCUCGGUGACUCCUAUCAGUUCUUCCGGGAUGUCUCAGCGGACUUUGAGGGCCAGAGUCCCAAGUGUGCCCAGGGCGUGCGGGACGCAUUCCAGCAGAUCCAGGACUUGUGCUUUCAGGGAGCCUGUGACGUGGUCAGCCGGGAGUUUGGCACCUGCCAGUCCCUGUCCAGCCGGAAGGACCUGACCCAGCUCUUUGGGUUUGCCCGGAACGCCUUCACUGUGCUGGCCAUGAUGGACUACCCGUACCCCACCCACUUCAUCGCGCACCUUCCUGCCAACCCAGUCAAGGUCGGUUGUGACCGGCUGCUGAGUGAGAGCCAGAGCAUCAAGGGGCUAAGAGCACUGGCAGGUCUGGUGUACAACUCCUCGGGCACCGUGCCCUGCUAUGACAUCUACCUGCAGUACCAGGCCUGUGCAGACCCCACGGGCUGCGGCUCAGGCCCCAAUGCCAAGGCCUGGGAUUACCAGGCCUGCACCGAGAUCAACCUGACCUUUUCCAGCAACAAUGUGACAGACAUUUUCCCCGAGCUGCCGUUCACUGAGGCCCUCCGCCAGCAGUACUGCCUGGACACGUGGGGCGUGUGGCCUCGGAGGGACUGGCUGCAGACCAGCUUCGGGGGGGACGACCUCAGAGCUGCCAGCAACAUCCUCUUCUCCAACGGGGACCUGGACCCCUGGGCAGGGGGUGGGAUCCGGAGUAACCUGAGCGCGACGGUCCUUGCCAUUACCAUCCAGGGGGGAGCCCAUCACCUGGACCUCAGAGCAUCUCACCCAGAAGACCCCGCAUCCGUCAGGGAGGCUCGUAGGUUUGAGGCCAGGCUCAUCGGCGAGUGGGUGGAAGCAGCCAGACGUGAGCAGUGGCUGCGGCGGGGCCAGCGCAGAGGCCUCAGGGGCUGAGGGGCGCCCCCCCCCCACCGACAGCACUUGGGGAGCAUCUCAGAAGGUUCUGGGGGUGAGCGGCUGUGGCCAAGAGGGUUGAGGGAGCAGACGUGGUGAGUGCACUGUGCACAGCCAUACAUCUAAUAAAACAGAGCCUCCA